CGGCAUUGUUUGGGUGGCUAGCGGAACCCAUGGCAGCGUUCGGUGGUGAUGUCAGCCGGUCGCAAGGGGAAAUUGAUCGGUGUUGCCCAUGUCGGCCGUGUCGUGCACAAGGCUCAGACGACGUCAUGGCCCUUCUCCCUCUCCCACCUGCCGUCACCACCACCGCUUGGCCUCACGCACCAGCCUCGUCGGGCCCCUUCCAACUGCUGCCAAUACUAAUCCCAUUACUAUACACUACGUACUCCCCGUCUCACUUACGCGCAUGUCCAUAUUUACAUGCGUCCUGCUGCUGCUGCCGCCCACCACUGACCAUUGCCCAAUCGCCUCUCACACCCACUUUACCACUCCCCUACCCCCUCGUGGCCACAGCUGCUCCGCCAUCUCAUACGCUAAUUGACCGCUUCAACUCAUCCGACUCCUUGGGGUGGAUGCGCUGCCCCUGCCCUUGUCCAAAGUUGCCGAUCGUCGCACCACCAAGCUGCUGCUGGUGCUGGUGCUGCUACGGUUACUGCUGUGCCAGAGAAUCGUCGAUAGCAAUCAAAAAAGCAAAUCGAUCUCGCACUCCGUACGGUACACAGUCAUAGGCCGCCGUCGCCGCCGUCGCCGCCGUCCCUGCCCCAGGCCUGCGCGACACGCCCGGUCACGAGGCGGGUGCCGUCAUCAAGGGCCAGUGCUCCGCCCACCAUUGAGCAUUUUGCCGCCGCCGCACCCCCCGGCCUCCAGGUGGACAAGCCGCUGCCAUCGCAGGGAUUGUCGUCUCGGGAGACCC